GACAUUUUAUCGAACACUUGCAAUUAAAUGAAAAAGCAUCAUCUCUCUCACGUUCACAAUUCACAAUUGCAUAAACCCUAGACUACAUUUCUAAUUGCCAAUCAACAACAAUGGCUACUUCCCUUUGUGUGAAGAAACUGCUAAGUUCUUCAACUGUCCUCUCUAAAUCCCAAUUUGCUUCAAGUCUCUUUACUGCCGCCUCUCCGUCGACACUCUUUAACACCAACAAUCUCUCCCCCGUUCGCCGCGCCUUUCCUCUCUCAGAUGAUGUGUUGGAUCCGAUGUCUGCGACUCGAAGCCUCAGCCAGAUCCCCCUUGCGUCACCAUUAUCCAAUGGAAUUGGUGGCAGGCGUGGCUGGGAGGUGAAUCGUAGUUAUAGUACUUUGCUUGGACUCGGCAAAGAGGAGGAUGUUAAGGCUCCGGUUAGGAAGAAGAGUUUCACCAAAAUAUGCAUGGUUAUUAAAACUUUCGACAAUAAAAAUGCGGAGGAACAAACUUAUCCAGCUCACCAAAAUAAAAUUAGAUUGCCUACUAAACGAUCCUUGUUUACUGUUUUGCGAUCGCCUCAUGUUGAUAAGAAGUCUAGAGAACAAUUUUUUUUGACAACAAAGAAACAACAUCUGGUCAUACAAGCGGAAAGGCAUGAAUUGGCCAAAAAGUACUUUUGGUUGAAGCGCCACCGUAUAAUGGGAGCUCAAUUUGAAGUCAAGUUUUUUUGCAAGACCCGUUUUCAACGUGCAAGGGGAAGAGAUGGGUUAAGUGAUAGCAGGGAGAGCGAACCUGCUCCAGCCCUAGCUUCUAUUUGAAAUUGAAAGUGUUGGGACUUAGGAGAUAUGACUGUCGGAUGAAUUUGCUGGAGAAGUAGUAUAAACUUGAUGCACUUAAGGCGGGAGUGUUGCAGGUUGCGGUUCCUGAGUUGUAUGCAUGCCGCUUUUAAUUUUUGUUGCUAGUUUAUUGCUGUCUCCCUACAAUUUCUAAUGGUGGUUUGUCAACCUUUGUGUUGUUGUUGGUGUUUACUUUUCAGAGUCGCUUUCCUGUGAACACAAUUUUACUUGGCAAAAAAGAAGAAAAGAGGACUGAUGUUUUCCAUGUUUCUAUUGAUUUUAUAUAUAAUUUUCUAAUGUA